AUGAAAUGCUUGGUUAUAGUUGAUGCCCAAAAUGACUUUCUACCAAAGGGGGCGUUUAACUCUAAAGAUGAAUUUAUGGAUGUUUUGCAUAAAAUAAAUAGGAUAAGAUUAAACUUAUAUAAUUGCACAGAGAAUGACUUAAUAAAACUUGAGGACUGCAAAAAUGUUAUGGAACAGAAUAAAAACAUACUAAUAAAUGAAAAUAUUAUAAAAUAUUAUAAAUGUAAUAAUGACAUAGAUGAUGAAAAUUGUAAAGAUCAAAUUUUAGUUUUUCCAUUUGAUAAAAAUAAUCUUAGUAAGAUAAAUAAAUAUGGGUUAUUAAAUAAAAAAAUAAAUGGACACAUAAGGGAACAUAAUUCAAAGGAUGGAGAAAAUGAUAAAGAAAUUAAUGUAAACGGCGAUUGUAGCAAUUUACCCGAUCUAAAUAAUUAUGAAAAAAAAAAAACACAACUUAAUAAUUAUAAAAAUAAUUACUGUAAUAUGGAUAAAAAUAAUAAUUGCAUAAAAACUGACCAUCCAAAAAAUGUGCAAAUGACCUCGUUAAAUGGGGAUUUUAGCAAUAAAUCGCAUUUUGCUAUGACCAUUUUGACUGUUGAUUAUCACCCACAAUUACAUAUAUCUUUUGCCACAACACACAGGUUAAUUUAUAAGGAAAUAUCCAAAAAUAGUGUAAAAAUAAAAAAAGAUUUAAAAAUGAACGAAUGUAUAAAUGACAAUUCUUAUAAUGUGUUGCCUGUAAGUAAUACUGAAAUAUCGAAAGAAUCGAAUAAAAUAAAUAUCGAAACAAAUAAAAAAAAAGAAAAGAAAAGAAAAAAUGAUGAUAUAUUUUAUUAUGAAAAUAAAUGUGAAAAUCAAAAAGAAAAUUUGAUUGAUACAAAUACUCAAUCAGAAUAUUAUGAAUAUUCCUCAUUUUUGAAAAAUCAUAAAAUUAAUACUUUAACAGAUGUAUUGGAAAAUAUUGAAAAGAUAAAAACACCUAAAUGUAUAUAUAAAGGUGUAAAUUCUAUAAAAGAUAUUAAAGAAUAUACAAAAAUAAAUUUCUUAAACGAAACAAUUGACUUAUGGCCUGUUCAUUGUGUUAGGAAUACGCCAGGAUGUAAAAUACAUAAAAAUUUAAUUAGAAACAUAAAUGAUAUAAUUAUUAAAAAAGCAUACAAUGAAAGUUUUGAUAGUUAUACCAUAUUUGAAAAUGAUACUGUUAACAAUAAUAUACUAAAGAUUUUAGUUGAACAGAAUAUAAAAUCUGUAUAUAUAUGUGGCUUCAUAUUUGAGUAUUGUGUUAAAGACACAGCACUAAGUUUUUUUAGACAGGGAUUCGAAACAUAUAUUAUUGAAGAUGCAACAGCAAGUUUAUAUGGAAAAGAUGAAGAUAAACAAUUUUUAAAAAGCAUAGGAAUUAAAUUUAUUAAUUCAGAAACAAUGUUUCUCACAUAA